AUGACCAGUCUUACGCCAACAAUCCACACGGGUCCGUACGACGCCAUCAGCGCCGCUCAAGCCGACCAUUCCCAAGUUGGUCGUACUGUGCUGAUCACAGGUGGCUCCAAGGGGAUCGGGUUUGCCAUUGCCCGUGCCUUCGCGAUCGCCGGAGCUGCUCGGAUAGUUCUCGUUGCUCGAGGUGGCGCCGCGCUGGAUCUGGCCGUGCUUAGAUUGGAAUCGGAGUUCCAGGCGACUGUGAUCCCCAUUACGUGCGAUCUCGGCGACCCGACCAAUAUUGAGACGCUAUGGGCGCAGCUGGAUGAUCGACAAAUUGUCGUAGACGUGCUCGUUCUGAACGCUGCGCGUGUGCAGGCCAAAGAAUCUUCUAUGCUUAGUCUUGGGUGGCAACAAACCUGGAAGAUGUUUGAGACUAAUGUUCGAGGAAACAUGAUUUUGGUGGAGAAGACCAUGAGCCAAGCAGACACAAAACAGAAAGUAAUUUUAAACGUUUCCAGCCCAUUCGUCCACGAUCAGGACAUGGCCGCUGGAUUCCAGGCAUAUGCAAGCUCGAAAUCUGCCUUUGCUGGUGCGCUACAGCACUUGGCUACAGAGACGCCCCUAGAGCGGGCCCAAAUCAUCAGCUUUCAUCCUGGAUUCAUUUACAGUGAUGGCAUGAAGUCCAUGGGCUGCACCCCUGAAGAUUUGGAUUGGGAUGACGAAAAUCUCCCGGCUAAUUUUGCUGUUUGGGCCGCUUCUUCUAAAGCUGCUUUUUUGCACGGACGGUUCGCAUGGGCGAAGUGGAACGUGGAGGAACUGACAGAAGCUGUACAGACCGGUAAUGCCGACAUCCUCAAGAUAGGCGUUCAUGGCCUGUGA